AUGGCAAAGCCCCGCCUCAUCAUCCUCAUCAGACAUGGCCAGUCUGAGGGCAACAAAAACCGUGAUAUACACCAAACCAUUCCCGACCAUCGCGUAAAACUCACCAAAGAUGGUUGGGACCAAGCCUACGAUGCCGGCCGGCGGCUGCGCAACAUGCUCCGGGCCGACGACACCCUGCACUUCUUCACCUCUCCCUAUCGUCGGACCCGCGAGACCACCGAGGGCAUACUCGCCACCCUGACCUCGGACGAGGACGAGCCCUCACCAUUCAAGCGGAACAAUAUCAAGGUGUACGAAGAGCCUAGGCUGCGCGAGCAGGAUUUUGGAAACUUCCAGCCCUGCUCUGCCGAGAUGGAGCGCAUGUGGCAGGAGCGCGCGGACUAUGGACAUUUCUUCUACAGGAUCCCAAACGGCGAGAGCGCAGCGGAUGCCUAUGACCGCAUCAGUGGCUUCAACGAGAGCCUGUGGAGGCAGUUUGGGGAGGAUGACUUUGCCAGCGUCUGUGUCCUGGUCACUCACGGCCUUAUGUCUCGUGUCUUCCUUAUGAAGUGGUACCACUUCAGCGUCGAGUACUUCGAGGACCUCCGAAACAUCAACCACUGUGAAUUCCUCAUCAUGAACAAGCAAGAGAGCGGCAAGUACAUGCUGGAGACCAAGCUACGGACAUGGUCAGAAUUGCGACGGGAACGGGCUCUCAAGAAGGAGAAGGAGAAGGAGAAGAACGGCACGCCCACGGGCAAGGACACUGCCAAGCUCGACAAGGCUCUCGCCGCGACGCAAUCCCCCGUGGCCGCACCACGUCGCUGGGGAGGCUGCCCAAACGGCUGCAAUCACGACAAGUCCUUCCGGAUCCGCUCUGCUCUUGCUGACCUCGUCAAGCGUGACGCCACCUCGGCCCACCCGAACCUGCCUGCUGCGUCCUCGUCCCCCGUGUCGGCGAAACCUCUCAGCGCCAUCAGCAUCUCGUCCUCGCUCACUACCCACGGCAUCGCCACACCGCCCACUACAAAUGGGACGUCAACGCCUUCCUCCAACCUCGGCAUGCGCCGGCACCAAGCACGGCGGUUCCAGUCCGAGGACGAGGAUGACGACCUGUGCUGCUCUGACGCCGAGGAGGAGGCGAGCAAGGCGCGUACCCCGCAUAUCGACGUAGCCAAGGCCCGUGAGGAACUCGUCUCUAGCCCUGACGGCACGCCUAGCUUUAUUAGUGUGGAUGACCGCCUGCGGGGGAUGGACAUCAAAUGCCUGCCCGUGCACCGGCUUCACGCACGUGGUCGUGAUUUCGGCGGGUCAUACUCUGGGCAGAACUCGCGUGCCAAUAGCGAUGUGGAUUCCUCGGAGGACGAGCGCGCGCGGCUCGCCCGGCGGCGUCAGCUGUCGUCGUCUGGAAAAACGGAGACAAUGGCGGCAGCGGUAGCAGUGGCAGGUCUCAGGAUCGUCACGGGCGAGGUCCAAAAUCUUCACCUAAACCUCGGUGGGGAUGAGCCGACCAGCGGCGUUUCCAAGCGUGACCAGAGCGGCAUGGGCCGGAACACGAUGGCUAACAGGCUAGGAGACUCGCCUACGAGCAGCAACGACGAGCAUGAACACGCCGAUGACGAGCGGGAGAGAUGCGGCGCGCAGGACGAUGCGGACGAUCUCUCUGAUAUCGACAAGGCGGAGAAGGAGGAUCGGAGUAUUAAGGGCAGCGUAUACUGA